CUCUGGUUGCCAUUUCCCUACUGCCCCUUUGAGCAUGAUCUCGAUCCGCCCGACCGCCAUCGCCCACAUCUCGCAGCUCCUCGCGACUGCCAUGGACGACGCCGAGACCGCUCUGCAUGGCUCCAUGGACCCGCUCCGCGACAUGGCGCUCUUCCGCCACCGCCUCCAUGCGAUCAACUCGUACAUGAUGGACGCGGUCAAGGCCGCCAAGAACCGCCCGGCGGACGAGGCCAACAUGUACAUGACGAUCGAGUUCCUCCACGAGAUGCAAACCAAGCUCGCCCAAGCCGAAGCCAUCGAACACCAGUUCGCGCAGCUCGUCAAGACGCGGCCACAAGCCGCGCUCCCAAGCGCCCUUGCGACGUAAGCGCCUCCCGACGACCUGCCUGUUAACUUAGCGUCGCGUCUGCCUGCCUAUCUUGUCGUUAAGGACUGAAUCGACCCAUCGACCUUGAUGAUGAUUAUGAUGAUCCUAG